UCCAAUAUGGCGGAAUAAAAAAAGACGUUUCAAAGAAUCUUCGUAAAAACUGUUACAACUUUUAUUCCUCCAUCAUGGUGAAAGACCAGUUUAAAGAAUCUGGAGUCACCAAGAAGAUAAGCCAUGUCAACUUCGGACUGUUUUCACCGGAACAAAUGCACCAAUAUGCACAUAUUCAUUGUGUCAGCAAAAACCUGUACAAUCAGGAUCAAAGCCGUACCCCUGUCCCUUUUGGGGUGCUAGAUUCACACAUGGGCACAAGCACUAAAGAUCGGAGCUGUGAGACAUGUGGCAAACCAUUGGCUGAUUGUGUAGGUCACUAUGGUUACCUUGAUCUGGAACUUCCAAUCUUUCAUGUUGGAUUCUUUAGAUCAACAAUUGUCAUUUUGCAAAGCAUUUGUAAGACAUGUGCCAGAGUACUGUUACCACCUCAAGAAAAGAAACAAUUUCUUGAUCAACUAAGCAGAUCAGGUGUCUCAUCUUUAAUGAGGAAGAGCCUAAAGAAGAAGAUUGUGGAAAAGUGCAAAAAGAUUUCUCAUUGUCCAUACUGUGAGGCAUUAAAUGGUUUUGUACGAAAGAGCGGAAUGAUGAAAAUUGUGCAUGAAAAGUACAAAUCAGCCAGGAAGUACAUUGAUCCUGUUAUCUCAGAGUUUCAAGCAUCCUUUGGCUCGGCCAUUGAAUACAACAAAGAACUGGAAAGUUUGUUGAGCAGAGCACAGGAAGUACUGAAUCCAUUAAGGGUUAUCACCUUAUUUGAACAAAUCCCUGAUCAGGACUGCCCUUUAUUAAUGAUGAAACCUGAGCUGGGUAGACCAGAGAAUCUUAUUGUGACACGCUUGCUGGUUCCACCUGUAUGCAUCAGACCAUCUGUAAUCAGUGAUCUACAGAGUGGGAGCAAUGAAGAUGAUCUGACCAUGAAGCUCACAGAAAUCAUUUUCCUCAAUGAUGUUAUUAGUAAACACAGAGCAACAGGGGCUAAAGUACAGAUGAUUAUGGAAGACUGGGAUUUUCUCCAGCUUCAAUGUGCUUUGUACAUUAACAGUGAAAUGUCAGGAAUUCCUCUGAGUAUGCAGCCCAAGAAAGGCUCCAGAGGAUUUGUGCAAAGACUAAAGGGGAAACAAGGUCGGUUUCGUGGGAAUCUGUCUGGCAAGAGAGUGGACUACUCCGGACGCACGGUCAUCUCACCCGAUCCUAAUCUUCACAUUGAUCAAGUAGCAGUUCCAGUACAUGUGGCAAAGGUUCUCACUUACCCCGAACGAGUGACAGAGGCCAACAUACAACUGAUGAAGCAGCUGAUAUUGAAUGGAGCUGAUAAACAUCCAGGAGCCAACUUCAUUCAGCAACGGCAAACAAACAUCAGAAAAUUUCUCAAGUAUGGCAAUAGAAAACAGAUCAUUAAGGAAUUGAAGUAUGGAGAUAUCGUUGAAAGGCAUCUUAUGGAUGGAGAUGUAGUACUGUUCAACAGACAGCCCUCACUUCACAAGCUUAGCAUCAUGGCUCAUCAGGCGGUGGUGAGACCUCACCGAACAUUUCGUUUCAAUGAAUGUGUAUGCACCCCUUACAAUGCAGACUUCGACGGCGAUGAAAUGAAUCUUCAUUUGCCACAGACAGAGGAAGCGAAAGCUGAAGCGCUAACACUUAUGGGGGUCAAAUCGAAUUUAGUAACACCACGGAAUGGCGAACCUCUCAUAGCCGCCAUACAGGAUUUUAUCACAGGGGCUUAUCUGCUGACGCAGAAAGAUGUUUUUCUUGAUCGGAGCCAUAUCUCGCAGCUGUUGGCUUACAUCCUGGCUGGGAAAGACGUGAAUAUCAGAAUCGAUCUUCCGCGUCCAGUUAUACUUAAGCCAGUGAAACUUUGGACUGGAAAACAGGUGUUUAAUGUCAUACUGAGACCGAACAUGGACAUGCCAAUCAAAAUGAACCUUCGCACAAAAGGAAAACAGUACACGAGCGGAGAGGAUCUUUGUUUUAAAGACUCUUAUGUGGUGAUUCACAACAGUGAGUUGAUGUGUGGUGCAUUGGAUAAAGCUGUGCUGGGUUCUGGCUCUAAGAACAGUAUCUUCUAUGUGCUCCUCAGAGACUUCGGUGGUCAGGCUGCCGCAGAUGCUAUGUGGAGAGUAGCAAGGGUUUGUCCAUUCUUUCUGAGUAACAGAGGGUUUUCUAUUGGUAUUGGUGACGUCACGCCUGGCCACGGACUUCUGCAGGCAAAGGAUGAACUUCUCGAUAACGGUUAUUCCAAGUGUGACAGCUUCAUUCAGGAUUUUAAAGAAGGCAAGUUGCAAACACAGCCAGGGUGUAGCGCAGACGAUACUCUUGAGGCUGUUAUUCUGAAAGAGCUUUCUGUCAUAAGAGAUCACGCUGGAAAAGCUUGUCUACACGAGCUGCACAAGACCAACAGUCCUCUAACAAUGGCAGUAUGUGGUUCGAAAGGAUCGUUCAUCAAUAUUUCACAGAUGAUCGCCUGUGUUGGUCAGCAGGCCAUCUCAGGCAAGAGAAUCCCAAAUGGAUUUGAGGACAGAGCUUUACCUCACUUCAAACGACAUUCCAAGUCUCCGGCCGCCAAAGGAUUUGUCAAAAAUAGCUUCUACUCCGGCCUUACCCCCACAGAAUUCUUCUUUCACACCAUGGCUGGCAGAGAAGGACUUGUGGAUACUGCCGUUAAAACUGCUGAAACUGGAUACAUGCAAAGACGACUUGUUAAGUCGUUGGAAGAUCUCGCCACGCAGUAUGACUUGACAGUAAGAAAUUCAGUCGGGGACAUUGUGCAGUUCAUGUACGGUGGAGAUGGACUGGAUCCCACUGACAUGGAGGGAAAGGAUAAACCGCUGGACUAUACGCGCGUGUUCAGUCACGUUCAGUGUUCAUUCCCUAUGAAAGACGAAGAACCUCUCAGUUCAAAAGAGAUUCUCCAAGUGGCUUUACCAGUUUUAGACGGCUCGGACUUUGAACACUGUGGUACGGAAUUCACGAAGGAUUUAAGAACAUUUGUUGAAGACAUUGCCAAGAGAGUUGAGAAAAGACAUCUACAGCUAUCUCCCUCCCAAAUGAGUGCUUCUGAAACAAGUCGAUCCAACGUGUUUUCAUGGGUAGACCGCUGCACCAAGUCACAGCUGACGCACUUCCUGAACCUUUGCAAGGAAAAAUACUCAAGAGCUAAGAUUGAACCGAGCACUGCAGUGGGAGCCCUGUGUGCUCAGAGUAUUGGGGAGCCUGGUACGCAGAUGACUCUGAAAACAUUUCACUUCGCUGGGGUAGCUUCAAUGAACAUCACUCUUGGUGUUCCUCGUAUCAAGGAGAUCAUUAACGCGUCCCGAUUCAUCAGCACACCAAUUAUCUCUGCUCCUCUGAUGAAUGACAAAAAUGCUGACGAGGCCCGUGGGGUUAAGGGUCGCAUCGAGAAAACACUACUUGGGGAGGUUUCAGAGUUCAUCGAGGAAGUGUUUCUACCCAACAGCUGUUUUAUUCUUGUCAAACUGGCCAUGGACAGGAUUAAAUUACUCAAGCUCGAAGUAGAUGUUGAUUCCAUAAGGUUUGCAAUUUGCAAUACAAGAAAGCUGAAAUUAAAACCUCAGCAAGUGACCGCUCUUAGCAAAUCAGAGCUGUGUAUUUAUCCCAGUGAAAGCAGCAAGUCUUCCCUUCAUUAUACAAUGCAACAGCUAAAAUCUGAUCUUCCCAACGUACUCAUUAAGGGACAUAGAAAUGUUAACCGCGCCAUCAUCCAUGUUGACGAAGCUCAGGGAGACACUUACAAGCUGUUAGUGGAAGGAGAUGAUUUGCUCUCUGUUAUGUCCACAGUUGGUGUUAAAGGCACAGCCGCCACUUCCAACAACACAGCUGAAGUAGAAAAAGUUCUUGGAAUCGAAGCUGCCAGGGCAACGAUAAUGAACGAAAUCAAUGUGACCAUGAAGAGUCAUGGGAUGAGUAUCGACACUCGUCACGUGAUGUUACUUGCGGACCUCAUGACUUUUAAGGGAGAAGUACUUGGUAUUACAAGGUUUGGUCUGGCAAAGAUGAAGGAAAGUGUCCUGAUGCUUGCAUCCUUUGAAAAGACUUCGGAUCAUUUGUUUGACGCAGCUCUGCACGGUCAGACAGACUCCAUUGAUGGUGUCAGCGAGUGUAUUAUUAUGGGAAUUCCUAUGAGUAUUGGUACAGGAAUGUUCAAACUCCUUCACAAGCCAGAAAAAACAGGUCCACCGAGCCGGAGAAACUUAAUUUUUGACAACCCUGCAUUUCAUUUGCCGGAAUCUGCCAUGGACGUGGUGAGGUAGCAAAAGGAAUGAAAACGAACUUUGCACUUAUAUUUGAACUGAUUGCGGUUAUAAAGUUGUAUAUACAAUUAAGAGCAAUGUAAUUAGUCUCAAGACUGUUCUUAUCGACAAUUCAUCCCCAAAAACAUUCCUUGAAAGAUCCUUAAUAGGCCCAUGUCACAAUGUGAAAUUAUUAGCAAAGUUAGCUCUUACACCAAAGUCCAAAUUCCAGAUACCUAUAUAAAAAUCUGCUUUCUUACAUAAUGAUGGGGAGCCUUGAUCGUCAGAAUAAAAAAAAUGCAUA